UGGAUGGGUGGGUGUACUGUAGCCUUUCGACCCUCUUUCUUUACUCCAGUAGAGUGCACUUUUGCUGCUGCGGAAACGGAGCAUCGGGAUGCUUCCUGUAAUUCACUCGGUAACUCCACCAUGCCAGAUGGUGGAGAAAUAACUUGACUCGAGAAUUGCCCUUACCUAAACAACGUCAGUAGUCCGUCUAUCCGUCGUCAGUUCGCUCGGUCGCCAUCUGCUCCAGUUGGGCCAGUCAGCAGCACACCGACGACAGAACUCGAACUGAGCGCAGCUCUCUCUUCCUAUGCCCAGAAAAAGUGCUCUGGUUCUUUCUUUUCCACCCCGCUGCGUGUGGCCGAAUCCUUCUCCCUCUCUCCCUCUCUACUCCCUCUCACACUCUCACACUCUCACACUCUCACUCACACGGGAAAACACUCCUUCUCUCUCUCCCUCCAUUUCUAUCUCCCCACCCUCCCUUCCCCAUUCUUUCCUCCUUUCUUUCUUCAUCCCCCCCUGCGCAACCGUCAACCACACCACACCUCGCCCCUCCCCGGCUGCCUGUGGCUUUCAUAGUUUUUUUUUUAACUCACCACCUCCCUCUGCAACCCUGUUCCUCCAUUGAGAGGGGUUCUUUCGACGGCUUAGUGCUUUUUUUUCCCUGCUCGAAUAACUAGCUUCCGCCGUACUUGUAUGUAAGCUGAGGCUCUCCCCCUUCUGCUCCGUUCCAUUUUUUUUCCCCCCUCCCUUCCUUCCUCCCUUCCUCCCUUCCUACUGCUCGCGUGUUGAUCGGUGAGACUUUUUUCCUCCCCUCCCCUACCGGUAUUCGUUUCGGGCUCUCGUGCUCUGGACGCGUGGAAAUAAAGCAUUGAGCUGGUGUUGACGGAAAGCUAACCGCUCAAUGCCUGCAGCUCGAAGCUUACGACUUCGCACUUUAAAAGUCCUGGCAUCCCCCAUUCCCCCUGCGCAUCUCUAAGCCAGCGUAACUCAUCGCCAAUCGAAAUUCCGUCCUUUUCGACUCGGCAAAGGAAUAAACGCCAAUGGUUGAGCCUCAAUCAAACAAUCCCUACAGAAGGAGUAUGUCUCCACAACCUCCUGCCCCCCCAGCCCCUGCGGCUCUACCAGAAUCGACAAACUCACCGGCUCAUCCGGCUCCUCUGCAGAAGUCUUACUCGGCCACUACCACCAUUGCCGAGGAACCCGAACUGGAAGAUGCUGAAGGUCAAGCCCGUGCUCCCGCGUUUCCCGCCGUUAACGUGGAUCCCGGCGCUUCCCCUGUAUCCGUUCCUCACGGACCCAAGUCGGUGGAUAAAUCGACAUCUGACUCCAUUGUUAUUACCAUUCACCCGACCUCUUCGACGUGCACGGUUCAGAAUCCUCCUGAAUACCCCAUGUCUCGACCUUCUAUGUCUACACAUCCCCAUCCGAGACUUUCCCUGUCAUGUGAAGAGGGGAAGCCGUGCAAUGCGUGGCCCGCGAGGAGGUUCCUACAGAAGCAAGUCAUGAGGAACAAGACCAAAUGGAUCAUCAUCAAGGUUGUUUGCGCCGUUCUAUUUGUGGUUGGGGCUGUAGCUGUCGGGUUGGGGAUUAGCCACGCUACAAAGAGCAGAAUCGACAGGUCUAGUUAAGUUCAAGAGGUCAUGUUUCGGUGGAUGAUAUGUCUAUAGUUGGGAAUGCAAAUGCAAGGGAGAAGAGGGAGCUCCCUUCGUGGGUAUUGUUGAUACUCUGGCAUUAUCUAGGCGGUCGGUUCUCCGUCUCGUCUCGGUCUUUCUUUUCUCUCUCUCUUUAACUCGUCACGGUCCUAUUCUAUUGUAUAUUUUUUAGCCUUUCUUGAUUGUGCGGUUUUCCCCUCCCCGUUCGUCCUUUCUCCUUGGUGUCAGUGCCGGAGGAGUUGAUCCAUUUUACACCCUUUUUCUAGUUUCCUCUUGUUGGAGUUUUUUCUUUUCUUUUCUUUUUUUUUU